CCGGCGCCAUCUUGCAUUCUCCAAUCGGUAAACGCCUACUUUUUUUGGGCGUGUUUGUGUUUGUGUUGAGUUUUCCGUUUCGAUUUUCCCUCUGUGUUGGGUCAAAUUUGUGAAAAACCCCGACCUGUUUUCCACCUCCGGGAUCCGCCCUCGGGGCCUUGAACGUUUUCCGAGAACCUAAGCGAGUCGCAGAGAAGGGAAGAAUUUUCUUAGACUGUUUCACAUCCAACGAAGAUGCUGACCAUUUUGGUCCGAAAGCUCGACGGGGACGUCCUGAAUGUCCAGGCGGAGAGGAAGGACAAGGGUGAAGUCGUCUUCGACAAGGUGUGCGAAUCUGUCGAUUUGGUGGAGAAAGAUUAUUUCGGACUUCAGUACGAAGAUAAGAUGGGAGUUACAAACUGGCUCGACCUCAAUAAAAGACUCGGUCGCACCAUGAAAUCUGACCACUGGGAGUUUCAGUUUGCUGUUAAGUUCUAUCCUCCAGACCCAUCUCAACUUCAAGAAGAUGUUACAAGAUACCAACUCUGCCUCCAGAUCAGGAAUGAUAUACUGACUGGAAAACUGCUUUGCUCAUUUGUGACGUAUGCGAUGCUCGGCUCGUAUCUCGUCCAAUCAGAAUUGGGAGAUUAUUCACCUGAAGAAUAUCCCGACGCUUCAUAUUUGAAGAACUUCAGAUUUGCCCCUGAUCAAACGCCUCAGUUGGAGGCCAAAGUAAUGGAACUUCAUAAAACUCACAAGGGGCAAACACCAGCUGAGGCCGAGCUCCACUAUUUGGAGAAUGUGAAGAAACUUGCAAUGUACGGCGUGGACUUUCACCCUGCCAAGGAUUCCGAGGGCGUCGAUAUCACGCUAGGCGUUUGCAGCACAGGGCUGCUUGUGUAUCACGAGAGAUUAAGAAUUAAUCGUUUCGCCUGGCCCAAAAUUCUGAAAAUAUCUUACAAACGGAACUACUUUUACGUAAAGAUACGUCCGGGCGACUACGAGCCGUAUGAAAACACUAUCGCCUUCAAGCUCGAUAGUCACAGGGCAGCUAAAAGGUUGUGGAACGUCUGCGUCGAGCACCACACGUUCUUCCGCCUUAUGACACCCGAGGAUGUAGCCCGUCCUGGACUCAUUCCUGGCCUUUCGAAUAAAUUCCCAUCCCUUAGGAAAACUCAUUACCAGACGAAACGCAACACUAUUGAACGGGAGCCACCUUCCUCUUUCAGGAAAAGCCAAAGAUACCCUACUUCAAAAAGCCUGGAUCCACUUGUUGAACAGCCUUCAAACAGAGAAAAGGACACAGCUAAUAAACGUCAUACCAUGCCACCUGAAAACACUCAAACAUCUCCUGUUAAAAGAGAAAAGGAGGACGGAGAUAGUGUAUCAGCCAGCUCACAAGAAGGCGAUUUUAGUAUAGAUGAGAGGAUUCCAGGUGCAGUGCCAGUACUGCCAGUUGGGGAGUUCAGAAAGAAAGAAAGAGAACAGAAAGAGAAUGGUGUCGCCAACGAAUCCGAUGACGAGAAAGAAAACCGCAACAAAGAGGAUAACCGUUACAAGGAAGAAAAAAAGAGUAAAAAGAGCACUGGCCUUGGUCUGUUCAAGAAGAAUGAAGGUAAGCGGGACAAGAUGGAAGAGAUAGGUGUAAAGAGAGAGUACGAAUAUGACUACGAAGGCGAUGAGCCGACCUCCCGCAAGCGAUCUCCAAAGGGCUUUUCUUAUGAGAAGCGAAAUGUCGAAGAUUAUGCUGAAGAAGAAGAAUACGAAGAAGGAAUGGAAAGGAGGAGUCCGACUAAGGGGCGCACCUAUGCGUUCAAUUACGCACCCGAGUUGGACAAUAAAUCUCCCGAGCCUGAAGAAAAACAUUCCAGUCUCUCUGGCUUCUUUAAAAAGAAGAAGAAAGAUGAUUCUUCUUCGCCUAAAAGAGAUUCACCAUUGUCUACCUUUUUAGUUGGAAAGUCAAAAGACAAAGAUUCUUCUGCUAAAGAUAAAUCAAAAGAAAGUGAUUCUCCUGCUAAAGAUAAAUCGAAAGAGAGAGAUUCUCCUGCUAAAGAUAAGUUGAAAGAAAAAGAUCCCUCUUUGAAGGAGAAGUUGAAAGAUAAAGAAACUUCAUUUAGUUUCAAGAUGAAAGAUAAAGAGGCUUCAUCGAAAGAUAAGUCAAAAAAUAAAGAAUCUACAUCAAAGGAUAAAUCUACAGAUAAAGAUUCUCCCGCUAAAGAUAAGUUGAAAGAAAAAGAUGCCUCUUUGAAGGAUAAGUCAAAAGACAAAGAAUCCAAAGAAAAAUCGAAAGAUAAAGAUUCUUUAACUGACAAAUUUAAAGGUUCUCCAAAAGAUGCCUCUUUGAAGGAUAAGUCAAAAGACAAAGAAUCUAAAGAAAAAUCGAAAGAUAAAGAAUCUUUAACUGACAAAUUUAAAGGUUCUCUAAGCCUUUCAGCCAAGGAAAAAUCUAAAGAUAAAGAUAAGGAAUCAGGAAAGUCCAAGUUGAAGGAAUUCUUAGAGGCGGAGAAAGCCGGACGUAAAUCACCCGACGUAUCGGAAAAGAAGAAGGAUUCGCUCAGUCCCAAAGGGCUUUUCAGGUGGGGCAAGCGUAAAGACGAAGACGAUGAUGGCGGGAAGCCUAAAGUAAUGAAGACAACAACAAAACAGUCAGUCGUCAAAGAUGGAGGAAACGUGACGCACAACAUAGAAGAGAAGAUAGAAGUUCUGACAUCUGGUGACGUGACGCUCAACACAGCGGAGAGCCUUAUGGAGGAUCAGGGCAGGAUCUCCGAGCAAUCUCCAAAGGGCUUCUCUUAUGAGAAGCGAAAUGUUGAAGAUCAUGCUGAAGAAGAAGAAUGCAAAGAAGGAACGGAAGAAAGGAGUCCGACUAAGGGGCUUAACUAUGGGUUCAAUUACGCACCCGAGUUGGACAAUAAAUCUCCCGAACCUGAAGAAAAACAUUCCAGUCUCUCUGGCUUCUUCAAAAAGAAGAAGAAAGAUGAUUCUUCUUCGCCUAAAAGAGAUUCACCAUUGUCUACCUUUUUAGUUGGAAAGUCAAAAGACAAAGAUUCUUCUGCUAAAGAUAAAUCAAAAGAAAGUGAUUCUCCUGCUAAAGAUAAAUCGAAAGAGAGAGGUUCUCCUGCAAAAGAUAAGUUGAAAGAAAAAGAUGCCUCUUUGAAGGAGAAGUUGAAAGAUAAAGAAACUUCAUUUAGCUUCAAGAUGAAAGAUAAAGAGGCUUCAUCGAAAGAUAAGUCAAAAAAUAAAGAAUCUACAUCAAAGGAUAAAUCUACAGAUGAAGAUUCUCCCGCUAAAGAUAAGUUGAAAGACAAAGAUUCUUUAACUGACAGAUUUAAAGGUUCUCUAAGCCUUUCGGCCAAGGAUAAAUCUAAAGAUAAAGAUAAGGAAUCAGGAAAGUCCAAGUCGAAGGAAUUCUUAGAGGCGGAGGAAGCUGGACAUAAAUCACCUGACGUAUCGGAAAAGAAGAAGGAUUCGCUCAGUCCCAAAGGGCUUUUCAGGUGGGGCAAGCGUAAAGACGAAGAUGACGAUGGCGGGAAGCCUAAAGUCGUGAAGACAACAACAAAACAGUCGGUCGUCAAAGAUGGAGGAAAUGUGACGCACAACAUAGAAGAGAAAAUAGAAGAUCUGACAUCUGGUGACGUGACGCUCAACACAGCGGAGAGCCUUAUGGAGGAUCAGGGCAGUUCACCUUAUGUCAUGGCAACCGCAGUAACCACACGGACUGCAAUGACUACUGAGGACUUGGGAAAGAAUGCAAAAACAAGCCAGGUUGAAGAAAAGACAGUUGCAAGGACAACAACAACAAGCGGGACAAGGCAAGAACAACGAGUUGUGACCCAAGAGGUUAGGGCUACAACUGUUGUUUCGGAGCCACAGGAUACGAGACGAUCGAGCAUGAGUUCAACAUCAUCCGACGACUCUGGCACCCCUAUCGAUUUGGACGUUUCUACCUCAUACUGCUUACCUCCAUAUCAGGAGCCGAUUGUGGAGACAGAAGCGGUAUUCAUAACAAGUGGUAAGACGGAGAUGCCGCAAGCGACGACUACAGCGCCGCUUGUCACAACUUCCACCGGGCUCAUCGGGCCGCCGACGAUUCAAGCAGACACAAUUGUGUCGGGAGAAAUCAUUUCCUCUCAAACAAUCACCUCAAAAACUAGGACUGUGGAGACAGUGACGUACAAAACUGAAAAAGACGGUGUGGUAGAAACAAGGGUAGAACAGAAAAUAACAAUCCAGAGUGACGGCGACCCAAUCGACCAUGAUAAAGCUCUCGCCGAGGCGAUUCAAGAAGCAACUGCGAUGAAUCCAGACAUGCAGGUCGAGAAGAUUGAGAUUCAGCAAGAGAGUCUCCCAAAGUGAACUGCUUUUUAAUCUUUCACAUUUUGAAAGAAGCUAUUUUAAAAUAUAAAAAAAAGGACCAAAAAAUUAAAAAAAAAAAGCCCACCUUUUUUUGCGAGCUAUUGAAGGAUAACAGCUUUUUCCUUCUUUAUUUCAAACAGGCAAGCUUUCACGAAAGGCUUAAAGCACAUUAAUAUUGUACUUGUUCUCUUUUUUAAUUAAAAAGGCGUUUAAAAAAUGUUAACGAAUGUAGUCAUAAGACAACAGAGAUAUAUUUUUGUAUCGGUAAAAAUGUUAAACCCUUGGAUUUUCGUGAUUUUUGUUUGUUUUUCAAAAGAGGCACAGGAC